AUGCAGGUCGUCAAGGACAUCGCCCUGCGCAUGCUCAACGUCUAUGUCUCGCCAUACGUUGAGAACUUGAAUGCCCAGGACCUCCAGCUCUCCGUUCUUUCCGGCAAAGCAGAGUUCCACGGACUUCGCUUGAAGAAAUCGGUGCUGGAACGAUUCGGUCUGCCAGUUGAGAUUGUUGCUGGUGAUAUCGGACAGCUGUCGAUCACCAUCCCCUGGCAGGCAAUAAAGAACCAGCCCGCCAAGAUUGAGAUUGACGACAUCUAUGUGCUCGCUCGCGCGCGCCCACAAGGAAAAGUGGACCCCGACGAGGAUGAGCGAAUCGAGCAGGCUGCAAAGCAGGAGAAGCUACGCAGUGCCGAGGCUGUGGACAGCGCGGCUAGCCAGGUCGAGGGUGGCCACGAUAACGACCAGCAGACGUAUCUCGGUGCUAUCAUGGCGAGGAUCAUCAACAAUGUCCAGAUCCAUGUGCGCAACAUCCACAUCCGAUACGAGGACGGCUCGAGCACCCCCGAUCACCCUUUCGCUGCAGGCCUCACCAUCUCCGAGUUCAAGAUGGUGUCUACCGAUGAGCACUGGCUAGAGGCUUUCCUGCAGAAUGACGUGCAGGACGUUCACAAGCUCUCCCAACUAGCAGCCCUGUCUGUCUACUUUGACACGGACGCCGGUAGUUUGGACAAGGGCGAGGACGACCGCGCGGGAACCAUCGAGGCCGUCAAACAGAUGCUCCUCGACAAGGACGCCCAGCACCAGUACAUCCUCAAGCCUGUAUCCGGCGAAGCGCGCCUCAUCAUCCAUCGAACAAUGACGAGCGACACUCCAAAGUAUGACCUCCAAGUCUUCUUUGACGAGAUUGGCGUCGUGCUCGACCGCGCACAGUACCGCGAUACGCUGUCCCUCAUCGACGUCUUCCACUUCUACCACCGCACACAUCAGUACUCCAAGUAUCGACCACCUCCAGAGGAGUACGCGGCCGACCCAGCCAAGGCGCGUUGGAAGUUUGCCCUCAAGGCCAUUGGUUCCGAAGUGCAUGACAGGCACAGGAGAUGGACCUGGGACUACUUGAAGGAACGCCGUGACAAACGUAUCAAGUAUGUCGACCUCUACGUCAAGAAGCUGGCCUUGCCUGAAGGCACGCCCAUGCAGCCUGAGGACCAGAAGGAGUUGGACGACCUCGAAACAGGAUUGCCGUACGAAGAUAUCCGCUUCUUCCGCUCCGUUGCCCGCGUGACAGCACGCCGAGAUGCUGCUACCCGCAAACGGCUGGAAGCUGAGGAGGCCAAGAACCAGCCUCCUCCAGGACAGCAGACGUGGUCACAGUGGCUAUGGGGUUCCAAUACGGACCCCAGCAACACCGAGGCCAACGGAAUCACCGAGGAUGAGCAGAAGGAGCUCGAUGACAUCAUCGACUAUGACGCCUGGUCAAAGGAGCAGUUGAGUACCGGCACCGCUCGCGACUUGAUGAAGAUGCGUCUUUCAGCGACUCUCAACAAGGGCUCCUUCUCCCUGCGUACCGAGCCACGAGGCACAGACAAGGACGUCAUCGCCCUCAUCUUUGACUCGUUCUCGGCAGACGUGAUCCAGUUGACCGACUCAACCAACGGCAAGAUGGCUCUGGGCGGUUUCCGAGUGUACGACGGCACGACUACCAACUCGCUGUACCCGCAGAUUGUCCGUGUCAAGGACAUUGACAACGGGCCCCAGGCCUCGAUUGCCAAGCAGAAGAGCCUCGACGUCGGUGGUACCCACCAGGCCCUCGCCGAGAUCAGCUCCAAGCUCCAGCCCGGAUCGGACCCAUUCUUCUCCGUCGAGUUUGACUUGGAUCCAAUCGAUGGACGAGCAGACAAUGCCAUCACCGUCAAGAUGCGGCAUUUGGAGAUCAUCUACCAUCGCAACUAUGUGGAAGAGGUCGUCAAGUUCUUCAAACCACCCGCGAGUCAACUAGAGUCGAUCAAUGCGCUCCUCGACGCUGCAGGGGAAACUCUUGAUGGUAUCAGGAAGGAGACUCGAGCAGGGUUGGAGUAUGCUCUAGAUCAGCACAAGACUCUGGACUUGCAUGUCGACAUGAACGCGCCCAUCAUCAUCAUCCCCAUGGACGUCACGUCCAAGAACUCUCAGAUGCUCGUUCUCGACGCUGGUCACAUCUCCGUUAGCAGCGAGCUGGCGGACAAGGACCGUGUCAAGGACGUGCAAGCCAAGCGCGGAAAGAUGUACAGCGACGACGACUACAAGCAGCUUGAGGACCUGAUGUACGAUCGCAUGCUCAUCAGCUUGGACUCGACCCAACUGCUUAUCGGCGACGACAUUGACUCCUGCAUGAAAGCGCUCGACUCGGACCAUCACGGCAUGGGUGACUUGCAUAUUGUCGAGCGUAUCAACAUGUCCUUUGCCGUCCAGAUCGCCAUUGUCAAUGCGCCAACAUUGACAAAGUUCAAGAUUGCUGGUAACCUCCCGGAGCUUCAGGUCAACUUUUCGGAUCGCAAAUACCACGCCUUGAUGAAGUACAUUGACGUUUCGAUUCCCCACUUUGACGAGCCAGAAGAGGACGCCGGCCACAAGCUGCUUUCUGCGCCCCAGACGCCAACGUUCACCCGUCGACAAAUCGAGGAGUACACCCUCGACGAGGCAGCACAUGACAAGCAGCAGGCUGGUGACAAGGACGGCGACGAGGACAGCGGCGACAAGAACGGCGACAAGACGGCAGCAGACCAGCAGUCUCUAGCGGACGACUCUCUGCGCUCGGAUGCCAGCGACAAGGGCGGCGAGCAGUUCUACGACAUCACCGACGACCAGUUUGAGGCGAUGCGCAGCGAGCUGCAGCAAGUGUCAUUCGAGUUCUCGUUCACUGUCGGCAAACUGCAAGCGUCCCUGUUCCGCUCCACCUCGGCAACGACCGAACGUGCCCUCGCCAACGCUUCGCUCGAGGACUUUGGCCUCACCUUCCUCCAGCGCAAGUACGAAAUGUCAGUCGACCUCUACCUCCGUGACAUUGUGCUCGCCAUGGUCGAGCAGGGCAAGCAGCAGCGCCCUCUGCUCUCGUCUGGUGCCGUGGGCCAUGACAAGGACAUUAAACUCAUUCAAGUCCGAUACCUUAAAGUCCAGAAGGACUCGCCAGACUUUAUGAUUCACCACGACGCCUUUGACACUACCAUCGAGACCGAGUUGUCUACGUUCAAGUUUGCAAUUCAGCCCGAGCCCAUCCUGUCGCUGUACGAUUUCAUCAUGACGACGUUUGUCGGCCGGCCCGACGAGACAGGUGCGACGGUUGAGGAGGUGCACGGCGAGGAUGGCGAGCACACCUCCAUUGUCAGCUUGCCACCCCAACCUGAAGAGUCGGACGACAAGAUGCGCAUCAAGGUCAAGCUCACCAGUGCGCAAAUGACGUUUGAGAACAACGACGUUCCUUUCAUCCUUCUCAGUCUGCCCUCUGCCGAUGUCGCCCUCGUCAUGAGGAACGGCACCAUGCGCGUCAGCACCCGCCUCGGUAACAUAUCCCUCACGGAUACCACGGACAGUGCAGUGGCUUCGCCAGAGUUCAAGAAGCUUCUCAGCAUCGAGGGCGAAGAGCUCGCUGACUUUUCGUACGAGACGUUCAACCCCGCCGACGAGACGUUCCCCGGCUACAAUUCGUCCAUCCACCUCCGCGCCGGAUCGCUCAAGUUUACGUUCAUGGAGAAACCCAUUCACGAGCUCUACGUGUUUGGCCUCAAGUUUGCGCGCAUGAAGGCUGUCUACGACGCUGCGUCUCAGGCUGCGGUCCAGAGCGUCACUGAGGUGACGCGCAUGCAGUAUGACGUGCUCAUGAAGACGCCCAUUAUCGUCCUUCCGCGUAAUGGCCUCAACUCUCCCGACAUUCUGAUCCUCCGCCUCGGUGAGAUUGCAGCCAAGAACGAAUACUUGAACGACACGAACGACACCAGCACCAUUGAAGCGAGUCUGCGCGGUAUCAAUGUCGUCUCGGAACUCCAUGUCAACGAGAAGAAGGCGCGCAUGCAGCUCGUCGACGACGUGGCCAUCACUGCCAGCGUCAAGCAGCUUGGCGGCAAGGAGCACCGCAGCGACCCGCACCAGGCAGACAUGGAGAUUACGACUGAAAUGUCCGACGUCAAAAUGUCCCUCACCCAGAGGCAAUACGUCCUCCUCAUGAGCAUUUUGGAGUACCUGCCUCGUGCGCUUGGCGAACUGAGCGAAGACGAAGAAGAGUCGAUGCCCCCCACACCGCUAUCCAUCUCCGAACCUCCUACACCUGCGGAAGACGACAGCGACCUCGUCACCCGGGUGUCAACACCCUCCACCGACCUGGACCUCGCCCCCGAGCUCGAGGUACCUGCCGGCGCCGAGGGUAUUUGGACAACCAUGGACUUUGAGUUUGUGGUCAAGUCGAUUGGUCUGGAAGUGUAUGGCGCCGACGCGUUGAUGGAGGCCGACUUGAGAAAGCACAGUAUUGCGCGCUUCUCCCUCCUUGGAAGCCACCUCGCGUUCAAGACAUUGUCUAACAACGCGAUGGAGGCUGAAUUCACGCUCAAGACACUUGCGUUUUCCAGUACGCGCUACGGCAACUGCGUCUUCCGAGACAUUGUCCCGCAACUGUCUAACGAGGGUAACCAGAUCAUGGUUCAGUAUACCAAGGCAGCUGACCAGUCGGCACUGGCAAUGGUCACCAUCGACAGCCCGCGCUUCAUCCUCGCCAUCGAGCCUCUGGCCGCAUUGCUCGAGUUUGCCGUUGCUCCGUUCAAGAACACUGCGGCACCGGCUGCCCCUGCGGAGGAAGCCGACACCGAUGACUUUGUGGACGGUAAACCCGCGCAGGGCUCACUCGCCUUCCGUAUCGACAUUGUGCGCUCGACCGUCAUUGUCCUGGCCGACGACACCAACCCUCGCACGCAGGCGAUCCAGCUGUCCAUCAAGGAGAUUCUCGUAUCCCAGAACAACACGCUGGCCCUCAAGGUUGACAAACUCGGCAUGUCGUUUGGUCGCAUGGACAGGCCGGAUGACCGCGUUUCAUUCCUCGAUGAUGUCAGCAUGACACUGUCGCUCGAUAACCGCCAGCGCGGUAUCCAGACCAUGACCAGUAUCGACAUUGACAUUCCUGUGACUGUCAUUUUCCGCGCGUCGUAUGGCGAUAUCAUGUUGAUUCUUGACAUUGUCAACACGGCCACUGCCGCCGCUGCCAAGGCGAUGGGCACCGACGCUACUCCGUCUGGCGAUGACGGCACGGCCAAGAUAGAGGCAGUCAAGACAGAUUCCGAAACUGGCAAGGCGUUGACCACGGCAUUGACCACUAUCGAUACCCGUCCCGAGACUCUCGCCCCGCCCAAGCCCGGUGUCAGGCGAGGUUCUGUUGGCCGUCGCCGCAACUCCUCGUCGGCGGCAAGGACACACGUCCUCAUCUCCAAGGAGCAGCUUCAGCUCGGAGUGAAGGGAUUCCAGUUUGUCCUCGUUGGCGACGUCCACGAGAUGCCCGUCCUGCACCUCACGACCAAUGAGUUCACUUGCAUGGUGAACGAUUGGUCCGGCGAUCUCAAGAUGGCAACGUCCCUUGUCACCUCGAUCAGGUACUUCAACCUCGCCAACUCGUACUUCGAGCCCCUCAUGGACCCAUGGAAGUUUGACCUCCAAGUCGCCCGCGUAUCAACUGCACCUGGCGUGAACCCUCUGAGCGUCAAGCUCUCGGCCGACCAGCGUCUGGAGCUGAGCGUCACGUCCGCCUUUAUCGAGCUGGGUAUUACCUCCACGACCGUGUGGAGCAAGCAGGGCGACCACCGCGCCACAGACCGCGGGCCCGCAGCUCCUUUCCGCAUUCGUAACCGGACAGGUAUGACGGUCGCCAUCUGGCCCGAGAGUGACGAACUGGGCGUCAUCCCUUGGCACAAGCGUAAAGUGCUUGACGAUGGUGCUGAUGUGCCAUGGUUCUUCGAAGACCGUCAAUCUCUGCGUGACAAGGUGUCAGCGUUCCGACACAACGCUUUCGGUCUCGAGCUGCCAGAAGCCGAGAUCAAAUGGGACCCCAUCCGUGGCGUGUCAGUCGACCGCGAGGGCGAGCACUUGCUCAACCUCCGCCCACGCAUUGACAAGAUUACGCACCAGCUCAUGUGCGACAUUGAGCUCGUGGACAACAUCAAGAUCAUCACGAUCCGCUCAACGCUUCAGGUCGACAACCAGACGAGCUUGCCUAUCGAGAUGGUUGUAGUGGACGCGCACGGCAAGGCCUCUGGCGGAGUCAUGAAGAUUGAUCCAGGCCACUCAUUCCCCGUGCCCUUCGAGGCGACCUACGACAAACGUUUCCGUCUCCGCCCCCUCCGUGGCUUUGGGUUCGACUAUGCGUGGUCCACCCCCUUGCACUGGCGCCAGCUGAUCCAGCGUCCCAUCCGGCCCAUCAGCUGCAAGCACAUGACGCCCAAGGAGCCCGCGUUCUACUUCCAGGCCCAGGCCAACUUUGACGCCAAGGACCCGUCGGCGAGGAUCUACCCGCACAUGUCGCUCACGCUGCGCGCGCCCGUCGAGCUGGAGAAUCUGUUGCCGUACGACCUCAAGUUCCGUAUCCACGACAAGGCCACGAGCAUGAGCUCGAGCAACUUCUUGGUCAAGGGCGGUACGAGCCCGAUUCAUACCGUUGAGCUGUCGCAUUUGCUCUUGCUCAGUGUGGCGCCAGAGGAAACUCCAUUCAAGCAGAGUGAAUACGCGAUUAUCAACACGGACGAUCCAGAGUUACCGACGGAGAACUACUUCUACCUCACGGAUCCGAAGGGGCUCAAGCUGCAGCUCAAGUUGCACUACUACACGUUCCCCAACUCUGGUGGCGCGUUCAAGGUGCAGGUGUACAGCCCGUUCAUCGUCUUGAACAAGACUGGCCUCCCGUUCGAUGUCAGCGUCAAAGCACCGCUGGGUGGACAAAAGCCCGUCGCUGGCCGCGACCAGUUUGCUACAGACUGCCAGAGGGAGACACCGACUCCCUUCAUGUUCAGCUUCCCGACCGACGACCGGCGCAACCGCCUGUUCCUGCGCGUCGCCGACUCGAGGCUGUCACAGCCUCUGUCAUUUGAACCCAGUGCUGCCGACAUGCAGAUCGUCAUGCCCUCGGAACGCGGUGACAAGGACUACUAUGUCGGUCUCUCUUACGCAGAGGGUCUGGGCAAGUACAAGUUGUCCAAGGUCAUCCAAAUUGCGCCGCGUUUCCUCAUCAAGAACGUAUUCUCGUAUGGCAUCCAGGUUCGCCAAAACUCGGACCCUAGCCCUCUGGCGAUCGUCAAGCCCGGACAGCGCAAGCCGAUCCGAUACCUCAACAGCCACGACCCAUUGCAACUCCGAAUGGCGUUUGACGGCCCCGACGCCACUCUCCAGUGGUCUGCGCCGUUCAACAUCAACGACAUUGGUCGUAUCAACCUUACCCUCCAGCGCGAGACAAGUCGUGGUAUGAAGACGUACCUCAUGCGCGUUGAGACCCACAUUGAGGGAUCGAGCAUCUUCCUCUUUGUCUCGCGCGAGACCGAGCCAUGGCCCAUCAAGCUGCGUAACGAGACUCAGAGGCCGUUCAAGUUUAAGCAGGCGCAACAGGCAGAUGACGGCGGCGACCCCAGCGUGUACAAGGAGCGCGACCUGCCUCCUGGUGAGACGGUGGACUAUACUUGGGAUUGGCCGACGGCCAAGGACAAGCGUAUCCUCCUCGCUGCUGGCGACCUCGUUCUUCCUCGACCGAUUGAUAUCAUGGCCAUUGGUGUCCAGCCACCGAUCAAGAUUCCACCACGUGGCGCAACCCAGACGGCCACGACUAUCUCAGUCGAUGUGCGGGCAGACGGCAACUCGCAACUGGUCGUCAUCUCCAACUAUGACGAGGCGCGGAGCAUCUACAAGAUGACCAAGCGGUCCAGCACUCCUGGCACGCCCGGUACCCCUACCGGGGCGGCAAGGUUAGCGGAUGGCCGGUUUGACAGCACGGACAGCUUCCAGGCCAUGGGCUUUGAGCCCGAGUCGGUCAACGACAAGCCCAACCUCAUCGUCCAGGUCGAGCUCGAGGGUAUCGGCGUGUCGGUUGUGACCAAGAAACCAGACGAGCUGCUGUACAUGACGCUUCGCGGUCUGAAACUGGGGUACAACGACUACGCGUCGCUGUACGACCUGUCGAUUGACUGCAAGUGGAUCCAGAUUGACAACCAGCUCUUUGGCGGUCUAUUCCCGAUCAUCCUGUACCCGACUGUGGUGCCCAAAGACGGCAAGGAGCUCGAGUCGCACCCGACCCUCCAGGCAACCUUCUCAGUCCUCAAGGACCAGUCACACGGCGUCGUGUUUGUAAAGUACGCCAGUAUCCUCUUACAGGCCAUGACGGUCGAGCUCGACGAGGACUUUGUGAUGGCCCUCAUCGACUUUUCAAAGUUCAAGGACGCGACGUGGCGCGAACCGACAAAGGACAUUCUCAUCGAGUACCCCAAGGAGAUCCCCGAGCCCAACAUGUCCGAGGCGCGGUCCGACCUGUUCUUCGAGCUCCUCCAGCUCCAACCCGUCUCGCUCGAGCUGUCCUUCAUGCGCACCGACCGUGUCAACGUUGACGAAAAGGUCUCGACGCGCAACCCCUUCUAUUAUGCUCUCAACGCCCUCACCAUGACACUGGGUAACGUCAACGCGGCGCCUGUCAACUUCCGCGCACUCUUCCUCGAAAACGUCCGCCUCAGCAGCCACGACCUGCAAGAGCGCAUCGUCUUGCAUUACCAAGAGCAGGCCGUGGCCCAGAUCUACCGCGUGCUGGGCUCGGCUGAUUUCCUCGGUAACCCCGUCGGCCUGUUCAACAAUAUCAGCUCGGGCUUCUCCGACUUCUUCUACGAGCCGUGGCAGGGCUUUGUCAUGCACGGUAACAGGGAUAUUGGUGUUGGGAUUGCAAGGGGUGCGACGAGUCUGGCUCGCAAGACGGUGUUUGGCAUUACAGACAGUAUGACCAAGUUUACCAGCAGUAUCGGCAAGGGUCUGUCGGCCGCCACCAUGGACACCGAGUACCAGACCAAGCGCCGCAUGACGCAAAAGCGCAACAAGCCAAAGCACGCCCUGUACGGUGUGGCUGCCGGCGCCAGCGCGUUUGCAGACUCGGUGACGAGCGCGUUCGAAGGAGUUGCCUCCAUGCCCAUGGAAGGUGCCGAAAAGGGCGGUGCGGCCGGCUUCGCCAAGGGUGUCGGCAAGGGCUUUGUGGGCCUGUUCACGAAACCCGUCGUUGGCCUCAUGGACUUUGUCUCGGCCUCGACUGAAGGUAUCCGCAACACGACGACUGUCUUUGACGCCAACGACAUUGACCGCGUACGCCUGCCGCGCUUCAUUGCCGCCGACGGCGUCUUGCGCAAGUACUCUGCGCGCGACGCUCUGGGUCAGUCGUGGCUCAAGGACCUCGACGCCGGCGCAUACUUUGGCGAGUCGUACGUGGCCCACCUGGAUAUCCCCGGCGACGACGCCGUCGCCAUUCUCUCCAACAACCGCCUCUUGUUCGUGCAGCUCCGCCGCAUGCGCGUCAUUUGGCAAGUCCCCUUUGACGAGCUGCAAAGUCUCUCGCUCGAGCAGUCGGGUAUCGCCCUCACGCUGCGCGGCGGCACCCCGGGCCCCUUCCUGCCCAUUGCGGAACAGACGGGACGCGAGUGGCUCUUCCGCAAGAUUGCAAAGGUCGUCGAAACGUACAACAAGUCACAUUCGCAACGUGACGAUUAA